AUGGAUCAUAACAUGCCAGAUCCUUUGCUUAGAGCCCAUCUUUGGGGGAAUGUUUCAAGACAAUUGAUGAACUCUAAUGCAUUUACUGGCAGUAUUGAUAAUGAAUUAUUAAAAAGACAAAUAACUUACAGUGAUGAAUUUCAAAAUUGUUUAGUCGAAUGUGUUUGGCAACAAAUAGAAGACAUUGGUAAACAAUUAGAGAUAUUAUGUCAUCAUCGUGAUUCGAAUGAUAUGAAGCCAAAAGAUUUAGACACACUAUUCCUGUUGAAAAAACAAUAA